AUGGAAGGGGAUAAAUACACGAAACUUAAAACUGCACUACUUAAAUUGCCCCGGAAUGAAUUAAUGACAUUACUAGAAGUUACUUACAAGGCCAUGAAGAAUAAGUAUGGGCUUGAAUCAAAUACUGCGAAUCACAGAUCGUACACAAAUCAUUCGCCCGGUAAUCCUAAUAUUGAAGCAUCUAUAAAUUUAAAUUUUGGAAGCGUUGCCAACAGUAAUGAAAAAAAUAUCGGAAAUAAAAAUGUGAUAAAUACGGGAGUUAUGCUGAACACCAAGGCCAUACCGAUGUCCAAGUCUAACCCAACCACCCAUGGGCACGUGGAUAUAGUUGGUAGUACCAAUCUAAAUAGCAAUCCAAUAAAUACUAAAAAUUUCAUAGUAGAUAAGGGGUUUGACUGUGGUAGCAAAUUAGUUGACAAAAUCCCAAUGGAUCCUAAAAAAAUGGCAAAUAUGCAACCAUUAGUUCCGCAAAAUAGAACGAUAUUGAAGAGGAAAGUGGUGCCUACAUAUAGCCAAACAAAUUUGGUACAGCCUCUUCCAGCGGCUGCAGCCUCAUUUGCCCCUCAAAAGAAGUUGUAA